AUGCUGUCGCCUCGAGAGAUCAAGCUGAAGCGCAGGCUGAACAAGCUUGAAUACAAAGCCAGCGAUGCCGAGAAGCCGGGCGAUUUGUUAGGCGCCCAGCCUGAUCAGACGGCAGCAGUGCCCGAUAGCAGGCCUGGAUCAUCGUCGGGAGUGCCUAUAAUUGCCAUAGUCGGCCGCCCGGGGGUCGGGAAGACUACUCUCGCGCAGUAUGUUUACGAGCAGCUGAGGAGUGAAUUAGGUGAUGGACAGCAUUUUCAUCCCAUCAUGUGGGUCUACGCGUCUCGCAACUUCGACGCAGCCGGAAUUAUGAAAGACAUCGUACAACAAGCUUCUAUCGCAGGUGAGCCUCAAGAAGAUCUCGGUAACCUCAACUCGCUUGAAGCGCUGCAACUGAAAAUAAACAAAAAGCUAAAUGCGAAGAUGUUCCUCCUUGUGAUAGAUGAUGUUUGGUGCCACGGAGAAGACCACGAGAAGAAUUGGGAUACACUAUUCAGAUGUUUAAGCAAGUGUUGUUGUUUGCCGGGGAGCAAGAUUUUAGUUACGUCUCAAACCGACGAUGCGCCGAGAAAGAUUGCUGCUGCUAUUGGUGCUACCGUAGAACACAUUGUCCCGUUGGAAGAUAUGGAAGAGAAUUACUUUUCGGAUCUUUUCAUUCACUACGCAUUGCCCAGCAGGGAAAUGCAUGCGUGCCUAAGAGACGAUCUAGAAAAGAAAUGCAAGAUAAUUGCUGGGAAGUUGAACAAGGACCCUACAGCGGCCGAGAUGGUCGGCAAGACGAUUGCUAUGAAGAUUGCCGACCUCCCCCAUUCGCAAGGUAAUUUGCAUACAUACUUGAGAAAGAUUGCGGACAAGGACUGGUCCGGCGGCAAAACCAAAGCACUGAUGUGGAGUUAUCGGCAUUUGCCUGCACAUCUUCAGCGUUGCUUCUCAUACUGCAGCCUGUAUCCUAAGGGCCACACGUUCGAAGCUUUACAACUGGUCCAUCUCUGGAUGGCGCAAGGUUUUAUCAAGCCGGAUGAUCAGAAUAAGCGGAUGGAGGAUGCAGGCAAUAAGUACCUAAAUGAGUUGGUGUCCAGAUUCUACAUUCAGCGUCAUAACAGAGUCAGCUACUCCUCUGGGGCAUAUAAGUUUGUCAGCUACUACACGUUGCAUGAAUUGUUGUAUGAUCUAGCAGAAAAGGUCACUCGCAAUUAUUGUGUUAGAAUAGAAGGUAAUCGUCGAACCGAGAUCCCGUCAACUAUUCGUCAUCUGUGCAUACCGGCUGACAAACUGAACGAGAAUAAGGAGAGGAUUUGCAAACUAAGGAAACUCCGCACCCUAAUCGUCAUGGGAGGAGAAAGCGUCACCUCAAAAGAACAAGUUGCGACCGACAUCUCCAACAGCUUUAAAAAAUUCAGCUUAAAAUAA